AUGGACGAAUUCUUCGUCCAACUCGCCAAAGAGCGCCCCCAACUGACACACGAGGACAUUCGUAACGCAGCGCAACGUCUUCCGUUCAAACAGCACAUGCUGGACGCCAUUCGACUCGCAGUGGAUGACUUCGGAGCCACAUGCAAGAUCGUGAGUGACUCCACGGUCUUCGGUGUUCAGAGUUUUCUCGAACGUCACGAUCUGGUCGGUCGAGUGAGUGAGGUGGUGGCCAACCCGACGCACUUUGAAGACGGAGGCAAAGUGUUGAGAGUGAGGCCUAACCAGGGUGACCAUGUCGCUCCACAUGGCUGUCAAGACUGCGCCACCAACUUGUGCAAAGGUGUUGUGCUGGAUCGGAUCCUGCAGCAACAUCGGUACUCAAGAGUGCUGUAUGUUGGUGGAGGGGUCGAAGAUUUUUGUUCGUCGACGAGAUUGGCAAUGGACGACGUCGUGUUUGCUCGCGUGAGUGGGAAGAACGAGUUAUUGACGCUGCUGAACGAGAAUCCUGACCAGAUUCAGGCGCAUAUUCGCCAGUGGAGGACGGGAGAGGACAUCCUCGCGUACUUCCGAAGCUUUUUCUAUCGUCAAUACCCUGAAUGUCAACUGCUGGUGGUUUUCGAUUUUGACGACUCGUUAGUGAACGAGGACUCGGAUGUGUUCGUGUUCGGGUCGCUCCACCCAGAGUUGUGUCAAACAGUGUAUGAACGACACGCUAAGAAGCCGAUAUGGCCGAGCGUGUUCGAUGAUAUGCUCCAGGUUUUGUCGAGCGAGAAGCCUCACGUGACGCCUGAGUUGAUUCGUGACGCGGUGGCCCAGAUUCCGAUCCAAGCUCGUAUGAUUGACGCUAUCCGUAUGGCAGUGGAAUUGUUCGGUGCGGAGGUCAAAGUCAUCAGCGACGGCAACACAUUCUACAUCGAGAGUAUGUUGCAACAUCGAGAGUUGAGUGAACACGUCAAGGAAGUGUUUGCCAACCCUGUCGAGCAUGAAACCUUAGACGAUGGACGCACCAGACUUCGUAUCCGUCCGUACCACGCCGAUCAUCUCGAUCCACAUGGAUGCACGUGGUGUCCUACAAACAUGUGCAAAGGCAGCAUUUUGGAUUCGAUUCGCAACGGGAAAUCCUACUCCCGCGUGAUUUAUAUUGGCGACGGCACUGGAGACUUCUGCCCGGCAUCUCGCCUAACAGAGAAUGAUGUGGUGCUUGCGCGGUCACACCUCGUUAAUGGGAAUGCGUACGGUUUACAGAGAAGAAUCAACGAAAACCCUGGUGUCGUACACGCUCCCGUCGUGUCUUGGAGCACAGGAUACGACAUCUACCGUCGAUUCGCUCAGUUCUGUCCGUCUCCGUACGUCAUUCCUCGUGUAACCCCGCGAAUCUCCGGCAGCGUUUUGGUCGUGUUUGAUUAUGACUGGUCGUUGGUCAACGAGAACUCGGACACUUUCAUCUUCCAGCAAUUAUAUCCCCAACUUCUUGAUACAUUGCGGGAACGACGCAAGACGCAGCCAUCGUGGACGAAGAUCAUGGACGAUAUGCUUGGCGUGCUAGCAGAAGACAAAGCGAACAUUACUUCGGACACGAUACGAGCCACAGUGGCCCGUGUUCCUAUUCAAACGCACAUGCUGGAUGCUCUUCGUCUCGCUGCUGAGAUACACAGCGCCGACGUCAAGAUUGUCAGUGACGCGAACUCUGUGUACAUCGAGAGUAUGCUGGAACAUCAUGGCUUGACACAGGAUGUAAGCGAGGUCAUCACAAACCCCGCUUCAUUCGAGCUAGAGGAGAAUGGGUGCAGUCGUCUUCGUGUCCGUCCGUACCAUGGAGAAGCGUAUGAACCUCAUGGCUGUAAAUGGUGCCCCACGAACAUGUGCAAGGGUCGAAUUGUUGACAUCCUGCGUAAUGCACAUUCAUACACGUCUGUGCUGUACGUUGGCGAUGGCUCGGGCGAUUUCUGCGCAGCGACGCACCUGACAAAGAAUGAUGUCGUAUUUGCACGCGCGGAUGAAGCAAACGGCAGAGCCUAUGGGUUGCAGAAGCGAAUUGAUAGCAAUGCUGAAAUGGUGAAGGCGGCUGUGGUUCCCUGGAGCACGGGCGACGAUAUCUAUCGUCACUUUGCGCAGUUUUUUCACGCGCCACCUCAGUGA